UGUCCGAUCCGUGGAGGGAUUAAAUACACAACCGCGGGACCAUGUUUUCUAGGAGCCUGAACGUGUGUCUGACCCUGUGUUUGUGGAUUACGGCAUUAAUGAGCCCAGGAAGUGUGUCCGCGAGGAAGCAGGACGACUCUUUCUUCACUGCCAGUAUUUACCGAGCAAGAUGCGCCUCGAGAUGCCUCAGUCUGCACAUCACUCGCAUCUCCGCUUUUUUCAAGCACUCUCAGAAUAAUGGAUCCUUGGUUUGGUGCCAGAAUCACAAGCAGUGCUCCAAGUGCCUGGAGCCCUGCAAGGAAUCCUGGGACCUGAAGGAAAACCAGUGCCAGGAUUUAUGCGAGCCCCUCUUUCCCAAGAAACACUACGAGUGUCUUACGAGCUGUGAGUUCCUAAAGUCAGUAGAGGGAGUGAAGCAAGGUGACUGCCCUGCCCCAGAGAAGGCCAGCGGCUUUGCAGCAGCCUGCGUGGAGAGCUGUGAGGAGGAUGGAGAGUGUUCAGCCGUGAAAAAGUGCUGCUCCAACGGCUGUGGCCACACGUGCCAGCUGCCAAAGAAUCUCUACAAAGGAGUCCCUCUGAAGCCGAGGAAAGAGCUUGUGUUUUUGGAGCAGCCGUCAGGUCAGCUGGAGAUCCGCUGGUCCUCCAAGUUCAACAUUUCCGUGGAGCCUGUCCUCUAUGUGGUGCAGCGCCGCUGGAAUUAUGGCAUCCACCCCAGCGAGGACGAUGCCACCGAGUGGCAGACUGUGGCACAGACUGCAGAGGAGCGCGUCCAACUGGCCGACAUCAGAGCCAGCAGAUGGUACCAGUUCAGAGUUGCUGCAGUCAAUGUCCACGGGACCCGUGGCUUCACUGCGCCCAGCAAACACUUCCGCUCCUCCAGAGAUCCGUCCGCUCCUCCCAGCCCGACCAGUUUGCGUGUCAGCAACGUGACGCUGGGCGACGAAGGCCUGGUGACAGCCCGUCUCAACUGGACCCUGCCAGAGGAGCCCGAUAUCCCCGUACAUCACUACAAAGUGUUCUGGAGCUGGACUGUGCCCACCAAGUCCAUGGUGCCAUCCAAGAAGAAGAGGAGAAAGACCACCAACGGGGCUCAGAGCUGGGUGGAUCUGGAGGGACUGCAACAAAACAGCAGUUACACUGUGGAGCUGCAGGCCAUCACAUAUUGGGGACAGGUGCGCAUGAAGAGCUCCAAGGCUUCUCUCCACUUCAGCACCUCCCAGAAUAAUGAGUCAGUAAAAUUAGUGCUCAAGUCAAAGAAGGAGGAAAUAUCCCCUCUUGGUUCGACCUUGGCCAAACGCCCCUCUGGCCCUCUAGAGGUAGGCACGCCCUUCUACCAGGAUGGCCAGCUGCAGGUUCGUGUCUACUGGAAGAACCGGGGAGACCCCGCCGUGAGUCGCUACCAUGUCCAGUGGAUGCUGGAGUACUGCGGCCACAACGAGACCCGAGGACCGGAGAAAUCUGUCACGCAGGAGAACUACAUCAACCUCCCAGGCCUGCUGUUCUCCUGCAAGUACAAAGUCACUGUUCACAUGCUGAAGUCCAAGAGACGCUCCAAGGACGAGAGCACCACCUUCCUCACACCAUCCUGUGCUACCAUCCGCAGCAAGACUCACAAACACAUCCCCUGCCCGGGGGAGGGAGCUCCAGGCCUUCCAAAGGUUUUGGCUAAGCCAGAGAACCUGACGGCCUCUUUCUCCAUCAUUGAGGGAAACAUCACCGGCAACUUCCUGUGGCGUGUGUCCAGGGUGGCUCCCCAUCAGCGAAUCACAGGCUUCCAGGUCACCUGGGCCGAGAUCACCACUGAAAGCCGACAAAAUAGCCUGCCCAACAGCAUCAUCUCCCAGUCCCAAAUCCUGCCUCCAGAUCAUAACUUGCUUGUUGUGUCCAACCUGCGGCCAUCAACCUACUACAGACUGGAGGUGCAGGUCAUAACAACUGGAGGGGAAGGUCCUGCCACUGUCAAGACCUUCCAGACCCCCAACAUACUACCAGUCAUUCAACACCGACCCAGACUCCGGCAGCACCACUCUCACCACCAGAAGCCAUCAGUAGAGAGGCACUGAGCUGCAAGUUGAGGCAAACCCAAUUGGGAGAAGCACCAGUGGCUCUCUGCUCCUGUCUGUCAGGGAAGGAAUGUGUGGAACCAAACCGAAACACAGCGCACCAGACCAUGAACUGACCCCCCUGCUCGUGAAAUAUGGGUCCAUCUUUUCCAGGCUCCACAACACAUCAGCUACUCCUUCUUAACCCCUCUCCCUUGACUAAUGCAUGUCAGCGGACGGGUUGGUCUGUACAGUGAAAUUUAAACUGCAAGGUCUCAUAUUCUGCGUUGGUUAGUCCACAGCUCCCCCAAAACAUCCCCAAUUCAUCAGGAAGUUAUGAAAUUUCAAGUAAAAGUUAAGAUCCAGGAACCCCUAAAACAGUUGAUCAAUGGCAAGCAAUUAGGUCAUGGUUUAAAGAAAAACAAUUACUUGAUUGAAGAUGGUUAAACAUGGAUGGUAGGAAAUGCCCGAACUGUAAAACAAUUGUUUUUUCAUGAAGAAAAGAAAAGUAGAAAUUCAUCUAUUUAUUUUGUGUUACCCAUUAAAGUGGCGCUUAGGCAUACAGUCAGUACUGAUGGAUAAUGUAACUAAAGUCAUUGUUGUCUAACAAUAUUUCACAUAGUAUGUUGCAUGUAGUACAUUUGAUUUUUUGAACUGUAAAUGAAUUACUUGCUUCAAAUUGAAAGCUUGUAAUGGUUUUGCAUGACAACCGUUAGCAUUCUGUUGGCAUGAAAUAAUGUCUGUGUUACCUCUUUUCAGUAUGUUAGCAAUAUUUCAUUAACAGAUUAACAAAGAAUUAUAUUGGGAGUAAUACGUAAUGUUUAUUAAUGAAAUUAUAACUUGUGUGGAAAUGAUGAAUUGUACAUGUUCUUGGCUGUAGAAAUAUUUGUCGUGGAACAGUCAGUGAAUGUCUAUAUUUAUUUAUGUGUGUAUUACAAAGUUUGGUUUGGAUGUGUGUGAAUGUGUAUGUUUUGUGUGUUUUAGUCUCAAGUUUUUGAACCGGCAAAAAAAUCUUGUAAAGACAUUUUGUAAAAAUGGAAUUGUAAAUACAGUCUUAUGUUACAUGUUAUUUUUCCAUGGUAGAAACUGUACAAAAUGCUAAGUAAUAAAAUAAUCCUUAACCAGUUA